AAUUUAUCUUUUAAUUUUAAUUAUUUCACUUUUUUUAUUUGGAUCUAUACUAAACAUUGCUGGAAGUAAAAAUGGAAACAGACGCACUGCAAAUGUUCGAUCGGUUGGAUAUACUGAUUUCUUUGAGAGAAUAUCCUGAAGCUAGAAAAAUUCUUAUAAACAAGGGUCGUGAAUUAUUGCGGAAAGACAAUCUUUUGGAUGAGAAUGCUCCCGAGGAACAAAAAUCAGCGGAAGAAAUGACCGAAGAAUUGCAGUCUUCUGUUAGAAUUCUUCAAAUUAGGGUUGCAAGACUUCUAGCAGAACACACAAACACAGAAACAAAACUUAGAGAACGGAUAUCUUAUUUGGAAUCAAAACUUCGAAAAUAUGCUGUCCUGGCAAAAGAAAAGGAAGCUCAACUAGAAGAUGAAAAUUCUAAUCAAUUUGAAGAUGAAGGAAAUUAA